ACCCUAAAGGCCUAAAACCCCUCUUCCUCAAGGAUUCAUCUUUACAUUAUCUUUCAACUGAACUAGUUCUGCAAUGAGCGAUUCUUGUCUGAAUCUGCGGUAACUUCAAAAGAACCCAUCAAAGAACUUUUUGUUAUGACAAGAAGAUACAUUUAUACACACGCGUGAUACAUGCGAGACGAAUGAUCAAGAGAUCAUCAUCAUCUCUCUCUUCUUCUUUGCCUUCACUCGAAACCCUCUUGAAGCUCUGCAAAUCUGAGAUUCAUCUUAAUCAAAUCCAUGCCCGAAUCAUCCGCAAAGGUCUUGAACAAGACCAGAACCUCAUCUCGAUCUUGAUCUCAUCGUCUUCUUCAUCUCUCUCUUACUCUUCCUCUGUUUUUAACCGUGUUUCUCAUCCUUGUCCUUAUCUCUGGAACCAUUUCGUUCAAGGGUACUCGGAUAAGUUUCUCUUCUUCGAGACUGUUUCGCUUCUUGUGUGUAUGAUGAGAACAGGUUUUGCUCGACCUGAUAAGUAUACUUUUCCAUUGGUCAUGAAGGUUUGUUCUUGCAAUGGGCAGGUUCGUGUUGGUUCAACGGUUCAUGGGUUGGUUCUGAGGAUUGGGUUUGAUAAAGAUGUUGUUGUGGCCACAAGUUUCGUUGAUUUUUAUGGUAAAUGUAAGGAUUUGGGUAGUGCACGUAAGGUGUUUGUCGAAAUGCCUGAGAGGAAUGCGUUUUCUUGGACAGCUUUGAUUGUAGCGUAUGUGAAAUCUGGGGAGUUAGAGGGAGCCAAGAGGAUGUUUGAUCUUAUGCCUGAGCGUAAUCUUGGAUCUUGGAAUGCUUUGGUUGAUGGUUUGGUUAAAUCCGGAGAUUUGGUUAAUGCUAGGAAACUGUUUGAUGAAAUGCCUAAGAGAGACAUUAUUUCUUUUACUUGUAUGAUUGAUGGAUAUGCGAAAGGUGGUGAUAUGGUUUCUGCUCGAGAUUUGUUUGAGAAAGCGAGUGAUGUUGAUGUUAGGGCAUGGUCAGCUUUGAUAUCGGGUUAUGCACAGAACGGUCAGCCGAAUGAAGCCUUUAAGGUGUUUGACCAAAUGUGUGCUAAGAAUGUCAAACCUGAUGAGUUUAUAAUGGUGGGUUUGAUGUCAGCUUGUUCUCAGAUGGGUUGCUUUGAAUUGUGUGAACAGGUUGAUACAUAUCUGCACCAGAGCAUGAAAAAGUUUUCUAGUCAUUAUGUUAUACCUGCUUUGAUAGACAUGAAUGCCAAGUGUGGUCACAUGGACAGAGCAGCUAAGUUGUUUGAAGAGAUGCCUCAGCGGGAUCUUGUUUCAUACUGUUCAAUGAUGGAAGGGAUGGCUAUUCACGCGUGUGGAUAUGAAGCUGUUCGACUGUUUGAGAAAAUGGUUGAUGAAGGUAUCGUUCCUGAUAAUGUUGCAUUCACUGUAAUAUUGAAAGUUUGUGGUCAAGCCAGGCUUGUUGAGGAGGGGUUAAGGUAUUUUGAGUUAAUGCAAAAGGAGUAUUCUAUUACGGCCUCUCCUGAUCAUUAUUCCUGCAUUGUGAAUCUUCUUAGCCGGACAGGAAAGCUUAAAGAGGCUUAUGAGCUUAUCAAAUCCAUGCCUUUUGAAGCUCAUGCUAGUGCUUGGGGUUCGCUUUUGGGUGGUUGUAGUCUACAUGGGAAUACUGAGAUAGCAGAGGUAGUUGCAAGGCAACUCUUUCAGCUUGAACCAAAAAGUGGCGGUAAUUACGUGCUUCUAUCAAAUAUAUAUGCAGCUUUAGACCGGUGGGCGGAUGUUGCUCAUCUUAGGGACAAAAUGAAGGAGAGUGGCAUUAACAAGAUAUGUGGCCGAAGUUGGAUACGUCGAUAAGCACUCUGUCAUCUAACCCUGUCGAUGGAAGACUUUGCUUUAACCUAACAAGACGCUCAGGCAAAAAACACCAAAACAGAACCAGCCUGAAACAUCAUUGCUUGGAUAACAGUUUUACCAUUGUGUUAUUUCUCUGGCUUAACCGCCCAUUUCAAAUGAAAAUGGAAGGAGUAAAACUGAAUAUUGUCUUCAUGUGGUUAAGCAUGUAAAUAUCUUUUGUGGUUAUGAUAUACAAUGAUUACUAUGUUAUAUAAACUGGCUUUAUAAAGAUCAAAAUAUAUGUA